CUCUCUCUUUCCACAGAGGUCCCCGGAGGUCGUCAUGAGGUUUUCUACGAUUGCUGCGCAGAACCGUACCCGGACGUUACGUUUGUGGUGACGUUACGCAGGAGAACCCUGUUCUACGCUCUGAACCUGCUCAUCCCCUGCGUGCUCCUCUCCUCCAUGACCCUGCUGGUCUUCCUGCUGCCCGCCAACUCCGGGGAGAAGAUCAGCCUCGGCAUCACAGUUCUGCUGUCUCUAACGGUCUUCAUGCUGAUGGUUGCAGAGAUCAUGCCCGCCACGUCCGAUUCUGUACCCCUGAUUGGUCAGUACUUUGCCAGCACCAUGGUGAUUGUUGGGAUGUCGGUGGUGGCCACAGUCAUCGUCCUGCAGUUCCAUCACCACAGUCUGAAUAAUGGACACAUGCCACGAUGGGUGAACCUGGUUCUGCUGCAGUGGGUCCCCUGGUUCCUGCGUAUGAAGCGUCCAGGCGAGGGGGCGGAGCCAACUCUCUCCAACUGUCAAGCGGACUCCCGCAGCAAGACCCUGUCCUCCCCCACCACCACCACCACCACCACCACCACCAUCCCCAGCCAGAUCUUCAACAUCCAACUGAAAUCAAAAAGCCUGAACUCCCUGCAGGCCAGCCUGACCCAGCUCAGCCACCCACCUCCUCUCCGUACAAACCCCCACCCCAACAGAGACCCCACCCCCAAUCCACACCUGCAGCCUAACGGCCACCUGCCCUACAUGGGCUUUCAGACCCUGCAGACCCCUGCAGAGCUGGAAGCGGUCCCACGGUGCAGGACCACCAGCCACGGGCGGAGCAGCAGAGGAGAAGGGGAGGAUGCUGGAGGAACACUUGAUUUAUCCUCACAUCAGCACCUGCAGCCUUCCAAGUACGGGAUCCCCGGUUUGGAAACAUCCCCAGACCCUGACCCCCCCACGGCGGCCUCUGGUGGUGCAGAGUCCGUGGGGGAGAGAUCAGCGGCCCUGCACGCCCCGAGCGGCCCGAUCCGGUCUGCAGCAGUGGACAGCCAGCUGCAGGCCCUCCUGGUGGAGGUGCAGUUCCUGGUGGAGCGCGUCCGCGAGCAGGACCGCCAGCUGAGCGUGGCGGAGCAGUGGCAGUUCGCCGCGGCCGUCAUCGACCGCCUGUGCCUGGUGGGCUUCAGCGUCUUCAACAUCAUCUGCACCAUCGCCAUCCUCAUGGCUGCGCCCAACUUUGGAGUGGCUCUGUCCAAAGACUUCCUCUGAAAAGUUUUAAAUAAACACAGAUUACAGAAGAGAGGUGGGAUUAAAUCUGAUGGAAGCACAACAACUGUCACUUUCAACUUUCUGAAACUUACCUUCAGUCCCGUUUAUCGUCCUGCUCACACUGACGUUUCUUUGACUUGAACAUUUAAAUUAAGACGUUUCAAAGAAAGCUGAUGUAUAAUUUAUAUUUGCAAUAAAAAAUUGGAUUCAUUAACUUUGUUUGGAAAGAUGCUCAACAGAGUUGCAUUAAAAAUAAAUCUGCUAAAUUUGUUUGUCUGCAGUUCACCUAAAAACAUAAAAAUCGACUGUCCAUCAGUGUCCAUCAGUGUUAAUCUUUGUUUUUUUUCUGCAAGAAGAUUAAUUAAAUUUCCAUUUAUUUGCAGGAAACACAUAAAACAAUAUUGCAUUGUCAGACCCUUUACUUUCUUUCUGUUUGACUUUUGUGCCAGUUAACCUUCAGGCAUAAAAUACCAUAAAACACCUUAAAAAGUACACACAUUAAAUAAAGUACAGCUUUUGAACCAUUUAUAGUAAAUUCACAAGCUUGGUCUCUUUUUAAAGCUAAUAAUCUGAAUUUUUAACUUCAG